AUGCCAACAGAAAGCGUGGGUAGGAAUUACGAGCGAAAUCGUGAGAAUCGGGCCAGGAGACGCCGCUUUAAGGGUACCAAUGUUGAAUCAGUCCAUGAAGGGCUCACAAAGACUCCCACCGGCCUGCGACGGUCACGCAUCGACAUGCCUACUCGGAGCGCCAAAAGUCUCAGCAAUCUGACUCUGAUUGAAAGGGAGAGUGGUGGAACUCAGAGUAACACUAAUGGUGCCGGUGGAGGUGGCGGACUAAUGCCCAUUUCGCGAAUCAUCAAGUGGUACAGAAACCUCUCAACUACUCGAGAUUCAGUUCCACCGACUACUCAGGGAAAAGUAGUAGCUUUGGAUCAAAACCCAUCAUCUCCACUACACCAACUAUCCAGCCAUGCGGGAAGAAAGCAAGGCUAUACAGGACCCUUAGGCCUGGGCGAAUAUGUGGAUUCAAUGGGUGGAGGUUUCGAUGAAACAGAACCUCCAAAUGGGUCCCCUCAGGCGCAGGUAAAAUCUCGUUCACUCAUCGACAUCUCAAUGUCGAAUUUGUGGGGAGAGGAGGAUGAAACUGGCCCAGACGGAGAUGGUGACGAGACGGGCAGAAACGGGAGUUGGGAGAAGGUACAGCGACCUUCCAUAUCAAUGGAAAGGAAGUCCAAUCUCAUGGCAACUAUCUCACGACUCCUUCCACUGCCUCCGACUCCUCCCAACCUCCUUCAAUUUAUGGACAGUCCUUCAACCUCUGCUAACAUAUACGAGAACACGGAAAUUACCUUUUUUGGAAGUUCAGAGGAUCGUUGGUCUACUCCGGCUUUUGUGGUGACAACAUGCAAUCGAAUGCAAAGGGGAGAUUUGUUUAAUGUGAGUUUUCCUGAAACCCACUUUUGCGAUACUUUUGAAACCCUCUACUAG